UGCACUUGCUUUUGCAUGUAUAACUACGCUUCGGUUGCUCACGCGUUCGUACGACUGGGAUUCGCUCACAGCCAUACGGGAUUUUCUGGUGGGCACGAUUGCCAGUCUCACGGGCUCGCCUGAAAGUUAUGCCAAGCAACGGAUGAUUGUGGCGAAACUGAACGUCACGCUCGUGGAGAUUCUAAAAAUAGAAUGGCCCACAGAAUGGCCCACAUUCAUACCUGAUUUGGUGGAGACAAGCAAGACCAACGAGACUGUGUGCCAGAACAGCAUGUGCAUACUGCAGCUUCUGAG